AUGAUCGCAAAGCACGAAGACAUCGCUGUACCGGAGAAGAAUACAGCAUGUGUGAUGACGGGAAUCGGCAAGCUCGCCAUAGAGGAUAGGCCAUUGCCAGGUGAACCAGGUGACCAUGACGUCAUUGUAGCACCCAAACAGACGGGCUUAUGCCUGGUAUUUGUUGUCGACACUGUGAUUUCUGCAAAGCGGGUGAAUGUCAAUGGGCAGUGUGGAACGCUCAAGUUUGCUGCCGCCGAUGGUUUCGACGGCACUCUUCAAGGAUUCUGGACAAUCCCUGCUGAUUUUGCAUAUAAACUGCCAACUUCCGUGUCUCUGGAAGAAGGUGCUUUGAUUGAACCACUUGCGGUCGCUGUGAUGGCUGUGGCUUCGGUUGCAAAAAUGAAGCACAAUUCCAAUGUCGCUGUGUUUGGGGCAGGGCCUGUUGGGCUCCUGACCAUGGCCGUGGCCAAAGCUCUGGGAGCCCGACGAAUCCUCGCAGUGGACAUUAACGAAAGCAGACUGGCCUUCGCAAAGAGCUACGUAGCAACUGACGUCCAUCGGUUCGAACCAAAGGCAGGAGGGGAGGACAACAUGACUUAUUCAAAGCGCUGUGCUCAAGAUCUAAGGGAUAAGUUUGGGUUUGCUGAGCGAGGAGAAGAAGGCAUUGAUCUGGUGGUUGAAUGCUCCGGGGCAGAAACUUGCGUUCAAGCUGGUAUCUGGUUGGUGAAACGGCGGGGAAUUUGCGUCCAAGUCGGAGCCGGACCUGCGAACAAUCUGAUCCCAAUGUCCAUCCUCGUCAACAAGGAGGUCACCUUGAAAGGCAGUCUUAGGUACGGCCCUGGGUGCUAUGCCCUUGCAAUCGACCUGGUUCGACAAGGUCGUGUCAAACUGGCGCCCCUGAUAACCCAUCGAUUCCCAUUCAAGGACGCCCCGCUGGCUUUCGAAAGUGUUCGGAAAGGAAAAGGUGAAGAUGGCAAAAUGACCAUCAAAGUACUCAUCAAUGGGCCAGCAUCAUAG